ACAUGCUCCCAGGCAACUGUUGCCUUGAACACUUUAAGGCAGAGUAAAGGCUGUUUUGAUGUAGUGCUAAGCGAUGUUCAUAUGCCUGAUAUGGAUGGCUAUAAACUCCUUGAACAUGUUGGACUUGAAAUGGAUCUUCCUGUUAUCAUGAUGUCUGCUGAUGGAAGAUACUCUUCUGUUUUGAGGGGAAUCAGACAUGGGGCUUGUGAUUACUUGAUUAAGCCUAUACGUGAGGAAGAGCUUAAAAAUUUAUGGCAGCAUGUUGUCCGGAAAAAGUGGAAUGAAAAUAAAGACAUUGAACAUUCAGGAGGCAGCUUUGAUGAGAAUGAUCGCCAAAAAAGAGCAAGUGAUGAAGUUGAAUACGCUUCUUCUGUUGAUGAAGGAACUGAAGGAACAUUGAAAGCUCAGAAGAAGAGAAGCAUUGGUAAAGAAGAAGAUGACGGUGAACUUGAAAACGAUGAUCCCUCCACAGCAAAGAAACCUCGUGUAGUGUGGUCAGUGGAACUACAUCAGCAGUUUGUUGGUGCAGUAAAUCAGCUUGGGAUUGAUAAGGCUGUACCAAAGAGAAUUCUUGAAUUGAUGAAUGUACCUGGCUUAACUAGAGAAAAUGUUGCAAGCCAUUUGCAGAAAUUCAGACUAUAUUUGAAGAGAUUAAGUGGAGUGGCUCAACAAGGAGGAAUUUCUAGUACUUUCUCUGGGCCUGUAGAACCGAAUGUGAAACUUGGUUCACUUGGACGAUUUGACAUCCAAGCUUUGGCUGCCUCUGGACAAAUUCCUCCACAAACAUUAGCAGCCCUGCAUGCUGAACUUUUAGGUCAUCCAACAGGGAACUUAGUUACCGCGAUGGACCAGCCAGCUCUUCUACAAGCAUCUCUACAAGGGUCCAAGUGUAUUCCAGCUGAACAUGGUGUGACUUUUGGUCAGCCAUUAAUAAAAUGCCAAUCCAACAUUUCAAAAAAUUUCCCUCAAUCCAUGAUAUCUGUUGAUGAUGUACCUACUGGGUUUGGAGUGUGGUCACCUAAUAACCUUGGUGCAGGUACAUUGACAUCUGGUAGCACUCUUGGUGGAAUGAAUCCCCAAAACAGUAAUAUGCUGAUUGAUAUGCUGCACCAGCAGCAGCAACAAUGUCAACAGCAACAUGCUACUCUAUCUGGACCCAGCCGUUCAAUUAAUGUGCAACCUUCUUGUCUUGUGGUCCCAUCUCGGUCAUCAGCCAGUUUUCAGGCAGGAAAUAGUCCUGCUUCUGUCAAUCAGAAUUGCAGCUAUAAUAGAAGUGCUGUUAUUGAUUAUAGUCUUCUCUCAAGUCCAAAUAACUCAGUUAAUAUUGGGCAAAUCUCUGACUGUGAUUUAAAAACUACAGGUGUUCUUAGUGGUUACUCAGCUCCAGGUUCAAUUUCUCCUUCUGCAUCGUCUUGCUCGGUAAAUGCUGAUAACGGCACAAAUCAGCAAGUUCAUAAUUCAAUCGCAUUUAGAGCUGCAAGACAAGUGCCAGGACUUGUUCCUAAUGUUUCAGACACCCAAACUUCUAAUGGUGUUAAAUCAGGUGAAGUGCUUGAUCAAGGACCAUUAAGAAAUCUAGGAUUCAUUGGUAAAGGCACAUGCAUUCCAAGUCGCCUGGCAAUUGAUGAACUUGAAUCACCAAUGAACAACUUGAACCAUGGAAAAAUCUAUUUGGAUAAUAAUAGUAACAGAGUGAAGGAGGAGCCAAAUAUGGAAUUUGUGGAUAAUGCGAAAUUUGGCGUCCCAUUGUUACCUCAAUAUACCCCAAAUGAUCUCAUGAAUGUUUUCACAGAUUAGGUAAG